GAUCGACGGCUCUGAAUCUGGUAUUACAAAACAAUGUUUAAAAUAAGUUAAUACAAUAACGUAUCAGAGUCAGUUUAGCGUCAGGUUAUUAUGUAUUUCACGUUCCGCCUUCUUCCUACUGCGGGGCCCGGGAAGGGGAAGUGACGUGCUUCCGGUGUAAUGGCGGCGCGGUGGAGCUCCAGGUAACAUUUGCAGACAGAAAGGUAAACUGUCAAGGAAUUCAUCCUGUUUGGUAUUUAUUUGGGCCGGCUUAAGGAGUCUUUGACAUAUCAGAUCAACUGGCAAAAGAAAAUGAAAAGCAGUGUGGCACAAAUAAAGCAUUCUUCUGGUCAUGACAGACGGGAAAAUUAUAAUUCAUAUCAAAGGACUUCCUCUCCAGAAGACAGAUACAUAGAACAAGAAAGAUCUCCUCGGGAUAGAGGUUACUUUGAUUCCAGCAGGUCAGACUAUGAGCGUUCAAGGAGAGAACGUUCUUAUGAUAGUAGCAUGGAGUCACGAAGUAGAGACCGAGAGAAACGCAGAGAAAGAGAUGUGGAUCGGAAGAGGUCCCGGAAAUCACCAUCUCCUGGGAGAAGAAGCCCAGAACCAUCGGUUACCCAGAGUUCCUCUGCUCAGGAUGAACCUACUGCAAAGAAGAAGAAAGAGGAGCUGGAUCCUCUUCUUACUCGCACUGGUGGAGCGUAUAUUCCUCCUGCAAAACUCAGAAUGAUGCAGGAACAGAUUACAGAUAAAAACAGCUUGGCAUACCAGAGGAUGAGCUGGGAAGCCCUGAAGAAAUCUAUCAAUGGCCUGAUCAACAAAGUCAACAUUUCCAAUAUCGGUAUUAUUAUUCAAGAACUUCUUCAAGAAAAUAUAGUUAGAGGAAGAGGCCUGCUAUCCAGAUCUGUUUUGCAAGCACAGAGUGCUUCUCCAAUCUUCACCCAUGUUUAUGCAGCAUUAGUGGCAAUUAUCAACUCGAAAUUCCCACAAAUUGGAGAGUUAAUCCUCAAAAGAUUAAUUCUUAAUUUUCGAAAAGGCUAUCGGAGAAAUGAUAAGCCACUUUGUCUGACAGCUUCAAAAUUUGUGGCACAUCUUAUUAAUCAAAAUGUGGCUCAUGAAGUUUUAUGCUUAGAAAUGCUCACUUUGCUUCUGGAAAGACCAACAGAUGACAGUGUUGAAGUAGCUAUUGGUUUUCUUAAGGAAUGUGGUCUCAAAUUAACACAAGUGUCACCAAGAGGGAUCAAUGCUAUAUUUGAACGGCUUCGAAACAUUCUCCAUGAGUCUGAAAUUGACAAAAGGGUUCAAUAUAUGAUUGAAGUGAUGUUUGCUGUAAGGAAGGAUGGAUUCAAGGACCACCCUGUUAUCCUAGAAGGACUUGAUUUAGUGGAAGAAGAUGAUCAGUUCACCCAUAUGCUUCCUCUGGAAGACGACUAUAAUCCAGAAGAUGUUCUUAAUGUUUUCAAGAUGGAUCCUAAUUUUAUGGAGAAUGAAGAGAAGUACAGAGCUAUUAAGAAGGAAAUUCUUGAUGAAGGAGAUAGUGACUCAAACACAGACCAAGAUGCUGGAAGUAGUGAAGAGGAGGAAGAAGAAGAGGAGGAAGAGGGAGAAGAAGAUGAAGAAGGACAAAAGGUGACUAUUCAUGACAAAACCGAAAUUAAUCUAGUCUCAUUUCGUCGUACCAUUUAUCUCGCUAUUCAAUCAAGUUUAGAUUUUGAAGAAUGUGCUCACAAGUUGCUAAAAAUGGAGUUUCCUGAGAGUCAAACA